UAAUGUGUCUAGCUAUAGAAAUAAAAUUAUAAAAAAAUGUAGUGCGAUUGAAAAAGAAAGUGCUAGUUUUUUUUUUAAAUGAAGUGAAAUUUUGAAAUCCACGUAGUUGUGUAAAUGAUCAUAAACAGUUUCGGAGCAAGUGUUAACGGGAAGCAUUCUAAUAAUUUGUUUAAGCAAAUUAUUCAGAUUGUAACUGAGAAAAUUGAUCACUCGAAUCGUUUGCAAUAGUAAACAAUUCUAGAGUGCAAUUUCUAGAAAAGAUACGAAAGUGACAUCUUAAAAAAAGAAGUGAUAAAAUAUAUAGUAAAAGAAGUAAUAAAGUCAAUAUUUAAAGUAAAAGAUAGAUCAAGCAUAAAAUAUUAUAUAAAGAAUCAACGCAUCGAAACUUAAUAAAAAAAGCAAUAUGGCACCUAUGUAUGGACAACCAAAUUACAAUUUUAUUGAUGAUGAAUAUACCGUAGCAGGAUAUAAAGACAAAGAAGAGACCAAUCAAGUCGGUUUAACUCAAAUGGCUUUCUGGUACAUGGUCGUAUUGGUUGGGAUGUUAUGCCUUUGGUUGAUCAUAUUUUUUUGUCUCAGAAUGAUUGCAAUGGGACAAAAAACGCGCACACAGCAGCAGCGUCGGAUGUACGGGAGCUCGCAGAGGCGGCGGCCUACCGACCCGGCGGAGCCUACUAUAUUCGUCAGUCCCGCCAACUUGCCUCCGCCACCCAAAUAUGAAGCACUAGCCCCUCCUAGCUACGAGGAAGCAGUCGGAGUGAACUAUCAAGAGUUCCAGAGGACACAAGUCCAACCAAUAACGUUCCCUCUAACUCACGCAGCCACACAAGCUGCCACUGAAGCUACAAACAACAGUUCUGAUGUUAAUAAUGAUGAACAAACAGUUUCACAAGCAACACUUGCAACAAUCACAACAGUAGACGAGAGAAGAACAUCUGUCGCACAAUCAUGAUUUACAUUACGACAAAUAGUUAUAAGGUAAUAACUAUUUGUCAACUUGUAAUAAUAGAUUACAAGUUGAGCUUGUAAUGUUAUUUAAUGUUAUAUGUAAAUAUAACGAUAACUAGUCCUUUUUAGCGCCAGUUUUAAGUACUAAUGAAGUUUAUUUAAAGCAAUUGGUGCAAUAUGGUUAUCAAGUAUAAUUUUGCAAAAAUUAUGUAAGAUAUUUUAUACGAUGAUUUAAAAACAGUAUUGUGCCUUAUUGUUAUUGAUAAUUAGGGCUGUUAUGCAUAUAGUUAGAUCAGUUAUUAUAAUAUUUAACUAAAUAUUAGAUGGUUAUUGAAAAUAUCAGUGAAAUGCCUGUGUUAUAUUUAUAGUAAAGUUAUUUCUUUGUAAUUUUCUAUGUUAUUUCUUAUAUGAUCUGUCUUUAUAUGAAGACGCAAGACUGAUCAUUUUCCGUCAAUUAUUCUAAAUAUUAUAAAUAAGUGACUUGUUAUAAUUAUUCCUUCUAACAUUGGUCACAGGUAUGACUUGUUAAAGGCAAAUGCCAGUUGUUUAUAGUAUUUACAAUGUAUUAGCGUUUAGUGUACAAUAAAAUACAGCAUUGUUGAAAUAAGUGCCUACUUUUGCAAUAAUAUUAUUAACAUUAUAUUUUCCUUCAGCGAAGAAUUCAUCUGUUAUUAGUUCUUUUCUAAUUUCUCAACUUCUGUAUCACAUUUUCAUGUAAUUGUAUACAGUUUUGAUAUACGUAUUAUAAAGAUACAAAAAUACUAUGAAGUAAUGUACAAGAUUUGUUUCGUAUUAAUGUUUAUUACAAGAGAAAGUCACAAAAUGCUUUGUUUUGUAUUCAACUGUUAGUUUCUACUAAUAAUAAUUAUUUUUCAAUGGUGCUCGUAUUUUAUAACAACUAUGAGUGCAAUAAAUUUUAUAUAUACGUUUUUUAUUUUCAAAUUUGCUAAAACAGUUUUGACAAUGAGAUAUCAAUUAUUUUUAAAAACCACAACCAUUGUUUUUUUUUUAACUUUAGAUACAUUAAAUGCAUAUUCCCAUAUACCGACAACACAUCUAUAAUAAUAUUAUUUACAUUAAAAUAAACCUAGAUCGUAAAAUCAUAAAAUAUAAAGAAAGAGAUGGCUUUCUUUAUGUUAUCAUUUUAUUUUUUAUCUAGGCACGUACUGUAAAGUGUGAUAUCCUUUAUAGAUAAUAUUAUUUAUAUCGAUGACGUAAGCAAUAGAAUUUGUCGGUAAUCAACAAUAAAAUUAAUUUGAAGGCCUCUUGUGUACUAAAAGAUUGUGAUUGUAAUAAAAUUAUUGAUUAUUUAAGAACUUUUAGUAGACAUUAAGGUACAAAAGUAAUAAAUGUAAUACAAACUUACAUGCAGCUUAAAAGAGGACUAUCUAAUUACUAUCUUGAGUUGGUCAAGUUGAGCACAGAUCUAUGUAAUAGCGAAAGGAUCCCGAAUUGAUCAAUGGUUAUCGUCUAUAUGUUAUAAUAAUGAUGUUAUUUUCAAUUUAAGUGCAAUUAUAUUUUCAAUCGAUAAGUCAAAGUUGUUGCUUUCGAUUUCACAAUGAGAUUGAACGAACCGAUCGUCAACGACGCGACGAAAGGAUGACUCUGUAAAAUAUUCUUUAUUGAGCUAUCAAUAAAAUUGUUAUUGAUUGUUUUCAAUCAUAAUUUUUAUUGUCUAUAAACAUAACAUCAAUUGAAUAUAUAAAUGAUUAAUGGUUACUGAUCAUUAUGUAUAAUUGAGAAUUAUAAUUGAUCGUCUACGAUUCGCUUUAGAGGCAUAAUAUCUUAGGCAUUAGGAGCAUUAGUAUGCCAGUAUGUGACAAAUCAUUAUCCAACAAAUUGUCAACUUGUUUGUAACCUCUAAUAUUAUUUUCAUCUGAUGAAAGUUGGAGACCACAGAGUGCAAUUUGACACCCAUAGUAUGCAUACUUUGACAUUCCUAAGGACUAACCCCCUUAUUCGUAGAAACUAAAACCUACUACAAAUCUAUUUUAGCUAUUGGAGUGUUCACUUUCAAAUUAGGAAUUGUAUUCACUUUCUUUCAAAUUUAGAAUUGUCUUGCAAAUUUGGAGUGCAAAAUAAAAAAUAAAACAUUUCAAGUAAGUUUAUGAGACGUUUUGUGAAUAAGGGGGUAAUAUAUUGUGUCCUUUAUACUCUGUAAUUGCAUUACCAUAAAUUCACCCAUCAAACCGAUAUACAGCCAUGCUUGGUGGUAGAAACAUGAUUGGGAAAGAAAUAUCCACGCAGAAGACUUUGUAGAAUCUUUUUUGAAUAAAAUAAAUGGAUAUUCUGCAACAUUUGGGAUGCCAUCUUUUAUAUGUUGAUUUUAAACAACUUAAAAUGUACGAACUUAAAUUGGGAUUGAAACGGAGUAGUUACUUUGUAAAAUUGAAAUAAUGAAUUGUAUAUAAUGUAUAAACAAUUAUAAUUGUUAAGAAACGAA